AUGAAACCCGAGGCAACGGCCGGAGCCCGGGAGGCUUGGGGACGUGUCUGUCACUGCCCCAGGGACGGUCCCUGGGGACCACCAUCGCCACGCGGGCCUGAGAGCCAAACACCAUGGAGACCCUGGAUCCUCACCUCCCAGGAUGCUGAGGCCACCAGAGCUAGAAUCGAGCUCGAGCCUCGGGAUGACCAACAAACCUUUGGAUCAAAGGGUGCCUUUGGGUUUCAGCAUUCUAUAUUUAGACUUUACCUACCCAUUUCUAAGCGUCAAGAGUAUCUGCACAGUUCUGGGGAGAAGGUGCUGGCCAGUUUCCCCGUGCAAGCCACCAUUCACUUCUACAACGAUGAGUCUGAUUCAGAUGAGGAGCAGGAGGAGGACACCCAGCCCUCCGACCUUCAGUGCCAGGAGGUGGAAGAUGGCCCAGGAGGAAAGGGCAGAGACCGGCCGACAAAUCCAGGACGGCAACCCCGAGGCUGCAGUGGCUUCGGUGGUAAGGGUCCACUCCCCCACCCUGACUCCACGAUGGAGGAUACUGCGUGCCCCUCAUCCAAAUAA